AUGUUCCUGGGCGGUUAUCCGCAGGUGAACGCGUACUACCUGUCCGGCAAUCGGGUGCUGGUCCCGGCCGGCAUCAUCCAGGAGCCCGUGUACUUCCACGACGCUGCCGACGCCUACAACUACGGCGCGCUGGGACAGGCAGUGGGUCACGAGAUGAUGCACGCGUACGACACGCAUGGUCGCAACCUUGACCAUCACGGCCAGCCGUGGGCCUGGACCGUCACCACGAGCCGCGAGUACCAUCAGAGGCUUCAGUGCAUACGCCGCAGCCACGCCGAGGUGGAGCAGAACAGACUCGGCCUGGAACCCGGUGUGGGUCAGGACCCGGAGAACCUGGCCGACUUCUCCGGCGCCCCGCUGGCGUACGAGGCGUUCCGGUCGCUGCCCGAUCACAGGCGCGCGCUCACGGUGGCCGGGUUCGGCGCCGAGCAACUCUUCUUCAUCGGCCACUGCGUCAAGUGGUGUCGUUCGCUCACCGUGCACCGUAGCCAGGGAUAUGCCAGGGGUCGCUCGCGCUGCAUCGUGCCCCUGAUGCACAUGCCCCAGUUCUCGGCGGCGUUCGGAUGCAGCGCCAGCGCCUACAUGAAUCCGCCGCGCAAGUGCUCUUUCUGGUAG